AUGCCUUGGAUGCGGGGCUCCAUCAUGGGGCCCAGGAAGAGCAAGCGAGCAGCAGCAGCAGCAUCUGCUGCAGCUGCUGCAGCACCUGCUGCAGCAGCAGAUGCUGCUGAUGCUCCGCAGCAACAUCACCAGCAGGAUGACGUCCAGCAAAAAGAAAACAGCCAGCUGACAGCCCCGCAGCAGCAGCAGCAACAGGAGCAGCAAGGACACGAAAAUGAGAAAUCCCAGCAGCAGGAGCUUCAAACACAGCAGCAGCAACACGAGGCUGAGCAGCCCAGGUGCUCUAAGCCCAAUCAGGACUGCUGCGAGCAGCAGCAGAACCCGCAGCAUCAACAACAGCAAGAGCAGCAGCAGCAGCAACAACAGCAGCAGCAAGAGCACGCCGCUUCCACGGGUACCGCGCGAGCAGCAGAGGAGCCCCCAGCAGCAGCCGCAGCAGCAGACGCAGCAGCAGCAGACGCAGCAGCAGCAGCAGCAGCAGCAGAAUCAGCCACGGGCACUGUACCCUUUGGCCCCAAACUCUGGAGGGGCCCCAGCGACCUCCCCCCCUGGCUGCAGUAUAACUCCGCAGGUUCUUUUCGCCACUCGCCUUCUCAAGAAGCAGCAGGUCAGUGCAGCACGGGGGCCCCACCGGGGGGCCUACAGGCCCUCAGCAGCUUCUUGGGGGCCCCUAACACCUCCUAG